AUGCUUCCAGCGACAUUGCGAGGGGCUGGGGGCGAUGAUUGGAGCUUUGUUUUUUUUUUGUUUCUUUUUUUUGACUGUGUUGUGGAGGGGUUUGGCGGCGGUGUAGUGGGUGUUCGAAAGACGCAGUGGAGUCACUCGCUGCGUCUACCGUUGCCCUCCCAGUCUUGUAGCCGUGGCACCCCCUCCGCCGCCCGUGGCGAGGCACGUGGUGUGGCCCAGCACGCUGCCGAGCACAGCCAUCGGCGUUGGCUGCGAGAAGGCAGGGCAGCCUUGCUGGUGCGGGCACGCGUUUUUUUUUUUUUUACUGUUGUGUGGCGGAUGAGGAGCGACGUGAGGCCGUUGCAAUGCGUUACGGCCCGUGUGUCUUUGGGCGUCUCUUAG